AAAGAAAAUCCGUAAGCUGACAGCCGCGCGACAAUGGUUUAGUCUUAGCCCGGGCGGCCUGAUUGCGGGUUCUUCCGACGUCUACCGACGAGCGCCACGAGCAACGAGACUCUCCUUCUCCCCCAAAGCCAAGCCUUACAAACUUCGGAAGCAAUAUGUCACCGGAAUCCAACAUGCCAAGACGCAAACCACUCCUCUUGGCCCCAUAUAUCUUCGGCAUUCAGACAGUUCCCCUCCUAGCCAGCGGAAUUUACACCCUGCUAUUCCCAGCAGCCGCAGCAGCCCUCCCAGAUUCACCCUUACAAGGUCUAAGCAAUGGCACGAUCCAGGCACUCAGUCUGACAUCCCUAUCCUUGGGCUCAUUCUACGCUAUCGCAUCAUACCAGAAUAAUAUCCCCAUGAUGCUUGCUGCAGUCCCGGGUCGGCUUUUGGCCAUGGUCGUUUUUCAUCGUAGUGGUGGGGGCUGGAAGAAUGUUGCUCCCUUUGAAGGGUUGAUGGGGGCCUUUACUGCGCUGGGAUUGUGGUGGGAUUGGCGUAACGCCGACACUGUUGUUGAGAAGGAAGAGUGAUUGUGAGAUACCACCAUGAGUUAGCCUCGAGGUGGAUAGGUAAAAGACCUUAGACCAAGAGAUCCUCGGCCUGUUUACUCAGGUCAUUCGUCCUACUUUAGAGGGAUAAAGCGACUCGCGGUAUGAUUUUUAAAUCGCUAUUCGUUAGGAUCUAUCGAGUAGGCUAAUGAUCCUCAUGGACUAAAGGAUUGUAUGAUACUAAGGUAGGCUGAAUUUGACGAGGUUAACAGUAUUCUCAGUUUGAGGCGGAUCGAAAUACUUUUUACACAAUACGUAUGCAUCUUUGAAACGAC